CUUUGACCAAACCCUAACCCAAAACCCAACCCCACAUGAUCACCUCUUCCACCUCCUUUCUCUCUCUCUCUCUCUCUCUCUUUUUUCUUGCACAACUUCUCUCCCAAACUCUUAGCCACCAAACUUACCAUCUUCAUAGCCCAAAAUGAACUUUAUUUUCCUACUACUCAUCACAUGACUUGAGUUUGUAGUAAGGAGAAAAGAAGAUGAUCACUUGAUUCAUCUCUUUCAGCUGAAAAUUUCGUGACUGAUGCUUAAAAACCCUACUUUUUUUUAGUUGAACAACCCCAAAUCUCUCUCCCUCUCUCUCUCUUUCUCUAUUACUCUCUCGAUCAAUUAUUCAAUAUUCACUUUGUUUUGUAUGUAAUUAGAGGAGAUAUUAGAAAUUAGGGUUUGAUAGGAACCCAAAAAAAAAAAAGAAGAUGGAUCCAGUUACAGCACAUGGUCGUCCUCUUCCACCUCCUUUCCAUGCCAGAGAUCUACAUCUACACUCUCACCACCAAUUCCAACACCAAAAUUCCCAAGACGACCAAAUUGGCAAUGGUAGCUUAAACCGCAGCCAGAAAAGAGAUCGCGAAGACAUCGCCGCCACCACCAGCAACACAAGCAUCUUUGAUCAAGCCAAAGAAUUAGUCCCUUCAGGGAGCGGCGGCAGCGGGGUGGAAGGAGCUGGAGGAGAAAUUACUCGAAGACCAAGAGGCAGGCCGGCCGGGUCCAAGAACAAACCAAAACCACCAAUCAUAAUCACAACAGAUAGCGCCAACGCCCUACGUUCUCACCUCAUGGAGAUCACCAACGGAUGCGAUGUAAUGGAGAGUGUCUCAACUUUCGCCAGGCGGAGACAGAGAGGGGUUUGUAUUUUGAGUGGCAAUGGAACUGUCAAUAAUGUCACAUUAAGACAACCGGCGUCACCUGGUGCUGUUGUGACUCUACAUGGUAGAUUUGAGAUUCUGUCACUUUCUGGAUCCUUCUUGCCUCCUCCAGCUCCACCGGGUGCGUCCGGAUUGACAAUUUAUUUGGCCGGUGGGCAAGGUCAGGUUGUGGGAGGGAGUGUGGUUGGGCCGUUAAUGGCGUCCGGCCCUGUGGUUGUUAUGGCGGCUUCGUUUGGUAAUGCCGCCUAUGAGAGGCUUCCGCUGGAGGAAGAUGAGAGGUCAGAGGUGCAGAUUCCGGGGAGUAGUGGGCCCUUAGGGUCUCCGGGAAUCGGGGAACAACAGCAGCAACAACAACUAUUACAAGAUCCGAAUAGUGGUUCUUUACUUCAUGGGUUGCCACCAAAUCUUCUAAAUUCCGUGCAAUUGCCGUCUGAGGCUUAUUGGGGAGGCACAGGUCGUCCUCCUUAUUAACUUCAACAUAAACUAUGUUUUUCUUUCUUCCCUUAGUUGUUAGAAGUUUACUUCAUCACUUUUUUUAAUUAAUCACUGGCCUCUUCAUUCUUCUUCUUAUUAUUAUUUUAUAAGCUAGUUGAUGUUUAAUCGUUAUUCGAGAUUGGUGUUGAUCACAAGUUGAGUUUGAUUGAAGAAGGAUGUAUAACGUCAACGAUUUUUCUUCUGUUUUUUUUUGGUGGGGUUUUCUUGUUUUGCUUUGAUUAGGUAGGAAUGAAAGAUGAAGCAGCUCUUUGUUUGUUGCAGUUCUGGUAAACUUAUUGUGUCUCACAGUAUUAUACUCACAUUUAAUUUAAUAUUCAUAUUCAUCUAUAUAUAUAUAUAUAUAUUAUAUACUGAAGGAGUUUAGAAAAAAUGAGGCACACCAAUCAUUUAUUUCUUUAUUUUCUUUGGAACUCUAAAUUUAAAAUUUUAUUGUUAAGUUUUGUAUUAGUUCACUAAUUAAGUUUAAGUGAGCUACUUCUGGUUCUAAUGUUGAUGGGGAGGGGGGUGAAUGAUGAUGAGUUGAAAGAAGGAAGUAUGUGUAUGAUGUGAGGAGGUUAUGAGUUUUAGGGCUCGCUCUUGUUGUUUCAUGUCUGACUGGAUUUAUUAGGGUUUUCUUCUUUUUCUUCUUUUUCUUUGUGAAUGGUGGAAAGCAGUAAAGCACUGGCACUGCCUGCAGAGAUGAAUGAACGAAGAGAUUGGGUAGUGCUGGGUUACACGUGCACCAGCUGCUCUGCAGAAAGUUCCUUUUCGAAGCAAAAAAACAGUACUUUGAUCACUUGUAUAUAAAGGUAGGUAACUCCAAACUGCACCAAACGAGACCAGACAAACAGAGCUCAAGCGUUAAGAGUUUUUCUUUCAAAACUGUCACUGCAGCCAACCCCAGAGAAAGUAGAAGUUGAAACGGUAAAUCAGCAAGCAAAGCAAAGGUAAGUAAUUAUUACUAAAAACAGUUUGUUUUGAUGCUUAAACAAUUGAAACCCUACAUGUACUUCUUUCUCAAGUACUUAACUGCAUCUGCAUGCAAUACUUUCCUUCCUUCGGUUCCUUCUUUAAAUUAGGAAUACUGUGGAUUCUAAUACGUACACUCCAAUAUUUCUUCUCACCAGUUCAACUAGGGCAGCUUCAAGAUAUAUUUUUUUUAGUCAUGAAAUUUUUUCUUCAAUCCUAGCUUGUGUAGGAUUUUAUGGCAAAAACUGAAUUUCCCAUUUCUUGUUGGGCUGAUGCGUGUGUGUGUAUAUAUAUACAAUCGAAAACUCUAUAUAUCUCUAACAAUUUCUUCCAUAACCGGCCAUAACAGUAUUACGUUAUCUAAUUACAUUGAAUUUCGUUAUUACAUUGUCUAGUUACAUUGACUUUCAUUAAUAUUGCAUUGGCUAAUUACAUUGACUUUAAUUAUUGCGUUACCUAAUUACACGUUAUGGCUAAUUAUGACUGAAUUUGUUAGGGAUACGUAGCGCUCCCGAUAUACAAUACCAAAUGAUUUCGUCAUCAGGCUAGUAGUCAAGAGGUGACUUCUCAGAUGAGCUUCAGUUGAAAUGCUAGUAGGAGAGUGAAUGUGCUCGGUGCUCUCACUUUUAGUAGUUAAGAGUUCAAGAUCUUUUACCUGAUGUAGAGGAGGCCCCUCUUAUAUGAGUUUUAGUAGUCUAAUUUAGGUAGGAGUAGAUAAUCAUGCUCCCUAAUUUGGAAUUUUUCUAAGUGUGAAUCUAUUCCUGAUUCCUUUCUUAAUAGGAGUCCAUCUACUUCAAGAUUCAUGGUUCUAUUUUUGGUAUUUGGUUUCACGGCUCGACACCUCGGUUGUGCCUUAGUUGGCAGCUCGAUGGGAGCCUGUUCGGUAUCUCAACAAUGUGUCAACUCAACAUCUUAGUGCCAUAUGUCCACAUACUAUUUGAGGGUAUUUUUUGGUAUUAUCUCUGUAAAUAUGCUUUUUAUAUAUCAACAUCAGGCAUGUCAUUUAGGUUAUGUACAACUUUAAAUUUGGGUAUGAUUUUUAUUUUUUAGUGGACCA